AUGAGAUGGGUGUGUGGUACACCAGAGUACAUAGCCCCAGAGGUGAUCCUGAGACAGGGCUAUGGGAAGCCAGUAGACUGGUGGGCCAUGGGGGUCAUCCUCUAUGAGUUCCUGGUGGGCUGUGCCCCUUUCUUUGGAGACACGCCAGAGGAGCUCUUUGGACAGGUCAUCAGUGAUGAGAUCAUAUGGCCAGAGGAGGAGGAGGCUCUUCCUAACGAUGCCCAGGACCUCAUCUGUAAACUCCUCAGACAGAACCCUCUGGAGAGGCUGGGUACAGGCAGUGCAUUCGAGGUGAAGCAACACCGGUUCUUCUAUGACCUGGACUGGAACAGUCUGCUGAGACAGAAAGGCAGAGUUCAUCCCUCAGCUGGAGUCAGAGGAAGACACCAGCUACUUUGA